GCCUGGAUCUCUGAUUCCGCACCGGGGAUCUGGACCCUCCGCUCCACGCCAUGGGUCCCCACCUCUGCCCUUAUCGCGCAGCCCUGCUACCGGGUGGCCUCUUGUUCCUCCUGCUGCUCUCAAACCCAGCGCUUCCAACCGGACGUCCUCCGCCGGUGGUCCUGGUGCCUGGUGAUUUGGGCAACCAACUGGAGGCAAAGCUGGACAAGCCGAAGGUCGUGCACUACCUCUGCUCCAAGAAAACGGACAGCUACUUCACACUCUGGCUCAACCUCGAACUGCUGCUACCUGUCAUCAUUGACUGCUGGAUCGACAAUAUCAGGCUGGUCUACAACAGGACGUCCCGGGUGACCCAGUUUCCUGAUGGUGUGGAUGUACAUGUGCCCGGCUUUGGAAAGACCUUCUCAGUGGAGUUUCUGGACCCCAGCAAAAGCAGUGUGGGUUCCUAUUUCCACACCAUGGUAGAGAGCCUUGUGGGCUGGGGCUACACACGGGGUGAGGAUGUCCGGGGCGCCCCUUAUGACUGGCGCCGAGCCCCAAAUGAAAAUGGGCCCUACUUCCUGGCCCUCCGGGAGAUGAUCGAGGAGAUGUACCAGCUGUAUGGGGGCCCCGUGGUGCUGGUUGCCCACAGUAUGGGCAACAUGUACACGCUCUACUUUCUGCAGCAGCAGCCACAGGCCUGGAAAGACAAGUAUAUCCUUGCCUUUGUGGCACUGGGUGCGCCCUGGGGGGGCGUGGCCAAGACCCUGCGCGUCCUGGCCUCAGGGGACAACAACCGGAUCCCAGUCAUUAGUCCCCUGAAGAUCCGGGAGCAGCAGCGGUCUGCUGUCUCUACCAGCUGGCUGCUGCCCUACAACUAUACCUGGUCACCUGACAAGGUCUUUGUACGCACACCCACCACCAACUACACACUGCGUGACUAUCACCAGUUCUUCCAGGACAUUGGCUUUGAAGAUGGGUGGCUCAUGCGGCAGGACACAGAGGGGCUGGUUGAAGCCAGGGUGCCACCUGGUGUGCAGCUGCACUGCCUCUAUGGCACUGGUGUCCCCACGCCAGACUCUUUCUACUAUGAGAGUUUCCCAGACCGCGACCCUAAAAUCUCCUUUAGCGAUGGUGAUGGCACUGUGAACCUGGAGAGUGCCUUGCAGUGCCAGACCUGGCGCAACCACCAGGAACACCAGGUAUCACUGCAGGCGCUGCCAGGCAGCGAGCACAUUGAGAUGCUGGCCAAUGCCACCACCCUUGCCUACCUGAAACGUGUGCUCCUUGGGCCCUGAUUCCUGUGCCAGGCAGGGACGUGGGAUGGCUCGGCCACAGCUGCUUCUCUUGGCCUCCGGGGCUGCCGUGGCCCACAAGUUUAGUGGUUUGUGACUGAUCUUCCAAGGCCAUAGGUCUUGGUUGUGAAACAUCUGCCAUCAGGAAGUGCUGUUUCUUAUACUUUCUCUGGAAAUGAGGAAGGAAGAAAUAGUCUGGACUCACUCAAGGGACUCUUAAAGGAGAGCGUGCUGCUGCUGGUGGAGUCAUUGUGACCUCGGGACUGGCUGCCCAGGCGGAUUGGCUGGCACCUGGGUCCAAUACCCAGCUCAGGAGCCAUGUGUUUCUUCUACUCUUGUUGCUGUUUCACCUUUGCCCUCCAGCCCCUGACUCCUUCAGACAUCCUGUGAGGGAUGUGACUGGGCUGUGGUCCCUGCCCCCAAAGAUCCCGGGAUGGGCUCUUGGUCCCUAGGGUGAUCCUUCCCACUCACUGACCACUGGGUGGCUGGAGCUGCUGGCUCCCCUGUGGCCCAGCUGCUCAGCAGCCUGACUGUGGCUUUCUGGGGGCAGCCCGGUUUCCCCUGCAGGCAGGGUUGGGUUGUGUUUUCCGUGGUUCCCAGGCCCUGGGGCACCCACUCCUACCUCCCCUACUUCCAAGAAGAGCCGCGCUCGGGACUGGGUGGCAGAUGACAUUCCAGUUCUGCACGCUGUGUCCCAGAAGCUCUGAUCCCCUUGGCUGGGUUGUUGCCCACAGUACUGAUGCUGGCUCCUUUCGCCCUGGGACUGUGCUUCAAGGAUGAGAGCAGGACCCAGUGCCAUGGCCUUUUAGAUGCCGAUGAAGAAAGAAAACUCAAGAGCGGGCCAAGGCAACUCAGCUUCCCUGAACUGCCCUCUUGUUAACCCCACGACCAUAUUGCCACCCUGCCAUAGGGUUUCUCUACACCCAAGUGGGCUGGCACAGGGCUGAGAGGAGGCUGGGCUCCUGCUCACCCUGCCCAGCACCUACCUCUGCCAGGCGGCUCAGUGGUGUUUGGUCUUCAGGGACCAGCUCAGAGACUUGAGUGGGCCCCUAUGAGAGCCAGGUGCCUUGGAACCCCUCUGCAGAUUAUCUGUCUGCCUCAGAGAUGCUGCAUGGGUCUUCCUGUGAGAGCAGGGCUGGAGAGUCUGUAUCUGCCUUGGGGGCAGUGGUCUCCAAGUGGGGGACAGCCAUAGGCCAAGACUUGGUUCUACCCUCUAGGGUGGGGCCCCAAAGCCACAGUCAGGUUGGAGUGUGCUGCUCUCUCACAAGGUUUCUGUGGCGCUGGAUUUUCUCUGUUGUGUACAUACCCAGCAUCUGUCUCUCCCUUUGUUUCUGAGUGCUGGGCCCCGUAUCGGGCUCUGAGCAGGCUGUAUCUCGAUUAUGGCAAUAAAAGUAUUCUGGAUGCUGUAAGUACCCCAGCCUAGGCUAGACUCUGAGCAUGAGAGGAGGGAGCUAGUGGAGAGGUUGGGGGCUAGAGAAGCAGAUAGUCCGAGGCUAGACCUUUCCUCGGGCCUCGAUGGUCUCUCUCAGGACCAAAGUGUGGCUCCUAUCUACCUCUUUCGGGUUCAAUCUCCUGUCCCCUCUCCUGGAAGCUAGUUCCCCUCCUAGAACCAAGAACCAGGAACUGAAACAUUCCUGUUGGAAUGCAGCUGCUGCUCCUGCCUGGUCAAUGAGCUUCACGUGCCACCCCAGAUCUGGGUACCAGAGACAAUCCUACAGGUCACCCUGGCUGGACUCCCAUUCCCAGCUUCUUCUCUCUCAGCUUGCAGGUCUAAGCAACCCUUUUAACCUAGAGUUCUUUUCAGGACACCACCCUUGUACUUUGUUUCAGUGCAUCUGGCCACCAUCUGUCCUGCUUUGGGGACAGAGUGAGACUGAGGGAGGAAGAGGCUAGGCUGAGACUGGUAUAGCAGAGGCCAAGAUGGGCAGAGAUGGACUGACACACUGGGGACCAAGUGGAAAUGGAUAAAGACAGAGAAACAUGCAUAAGGAUGGGGCCCAGGCCUGAAUUCUGUGGUGUGGAGCCCUGAGCCAGGCAGGGGCCAGCUGGGUGGUGGGAUCUUCAGUUCCUGCCUCUGCAGGGCAAGGCCAGCCUGGGCUUCAGGCUUUGAUACAUCUUGGGAGCCACUAGAGGGCGCUCUGAACCCUCUCACUGCCCUAGUUAUUGGCCAAACCUGAAAGAAGCGUUGGCCCCGAGAGAGGGAGGAUGCCUAAGGAUACAGAGGUUGAGCUGCUUCGCCGACCUUAGUAAAAGGAUGACAGCAGGAAAGUGAGCAAACCCUUACUCCCAGGCUCUGUCCAGCUGGACUUCCAGUUUUGCCCUGACACCCACCUAUCCAUGCUAUAGCCUUGUGGUGGCUUUGGAGCCACCCAUUCACCCCUGAAAUGUUUCAUCCAAACUGCCACCCUUUGUUUCACUGCUGCAGAGAGGGCAUGGGGUCAGAACAGGCUUCAGCAGUCACAGCAGACUGGGGUUCAUUUCCAAGCGCUGCCAGCUCCAGCAAAGGAGCCUGCGGAGUCUCUUUGUUACCGGACAGGAAUUGGGCUGGAGCAGGUCUGCCUCGGGCCAGCCUGCAGCAUGUGAAUUCCCGACUUCGUGUGGGAAAGAUUUUGUAACAAGUCUGGGUGAUUUUAAGAAUGCACUUAUUAAAGCUGGAGACAGUGAAACAAGGAAGGCUUUAGGAUAGAAGAAGCAACAGGAGAAAGCCUAGGUGGGGCUGCUUUGGCUCCCCAGGAAAGUUAGGGACAAGAAAUGAGCCUAGGCGGGGCUGCUGUCAGCUCACUGGAGAGUGAGAGAAAGAGGGGCCUUGGCAAGCCCGGCUUGAGCUGCAGCUGCUCAUUGCAAGUCUCGUGGGGUCCCUUAAGAGUUUAGGAGAUACGUGCCCCUUAAGAGUUUAGGAGAUACGUGCCUGUGGGGUAAGAAGAGGGAGAAGGGAGAGGUGCAGGUGUGCUCACAGGAGGCAAAGCCACGCUGUGUCCUUCGGCUUGCGGGUUUUAAAGGCUGAGAGUUUAGGGCAACCCGGUUGCAGGCUGGGUGGUGGCAGUGCACUUGGUUAAGCUUGAACAGACUUGUGCUCUCCCUGCGGCCACUCACCAAGGAUGGAAAUCCCACUGGUCCACUGUGCAGGCUCCAGGGUGGCUUUGUUAGAGCAGAACUGCAACUACUAUCAGGGGACACCACACCUCCACCCCCAGGUGUUUCUGGUGCAGUCAGUCAAACCAGCUUGGAGGAUAUUCCAGAAGAAGACAUAAGUGUUGCCUUAAGUUUUCUGUGGAAGAAAUUAUCCCAAAACAAGCGACAGUGAACUGCAUGGCUGCAGUACUUUAUCCUCCGGACAUGGCACCAGAAGUCACCUUCACAUUUGAAGGAGAAAUUGGAAAGAGCCCAGAUGAAGAAGCUAAUACAUUUUAUUAAAAACUCAAGUCCAUGAAGGAACCACUAGAAGCACAAAAUAUUCCAGUUUUGGAAAUGGUAAAUCCAGCAAUGAGGCAAUUUCAACAUUUGGCUGUGAUUAUAUAAUAUGUCAGAAUUCUACUGAAAACACAUGGUAUAAAAGGGUAAAAAUUCAAACUGUCAAGCAAGUGCAAAGGAAUGAUGACUUGGUUGAGUUAGACUACACCAUUCUACUUCAUGACGUUGUAUCUCAGGAGAUUUUUCCCUGGCAAAUGCAGGUUCUCUGGUAUUCACAAUAUGGUACUAAAGUAAAACAUAAUAGCUGUCUGCCAAAAAAAAGCACAACUGGAAUAAAUGAGGACCCUAAUUCUGGAUGAGUGUCAGUA